AUGGCGACCCAAACCCUGAACAAGGAGAAGCUCAGUAACAAAUCCUUCAUCCUCAACAAGCCAUUUGACGUAGCCUUUGAUGAGCGACCCAAGCCCACCAUCGAGGACCCUCACAAUGUGCUCGUCGCCGUCAACUACACUGGCAUCUGCGGCAGCGACGUGCACUACUACGUGCACGGCGCAAUCGGCCACUUUGUCGUCAAGGAGCCCAUGGUGCUCGGACACGAGUCAUCCGGCACCGUCGUCGAGGUCGGCAGUGCCGUCAAGGACCUCCAGCCCGGCGACCGGGUCGCCAUCGAGCCGGGCUACGGCUGCCGCCGCUGCCGGCACUGCCGCGCGGGCAAGUACAACCUCUGCCCGGACAUGAUCUUUGCCGCGACGCCGCCGCACCACGGCACCCUCACGGGCCUGUGGGCGUCGCCCUCGGACUUUUGCUACAAGCUGCCCGAGCAGGUGUCCCUCCAGGAGGGCGCCAUGAUUGAGCCGCUCGCCGUCGCCGUGCACAUUGUCAAGCAGGGGGACGUCAAGCCCGGCAACUCGGUCGUCGUCAUGGGCGCCGGCCCCGUCGGCCUGCUCUGCGCCGCCGUCGCCCGGGCCUACGGCGCGACCAAGGUGGUCAGCGUCGACAUUGUCCAGUCCAAGCUCGACCUCGCCAAGACGUUUUGCUCCACGCACACGUACACGUCGCAAAAGGUUUCGGCCGAGGACAACGCCGCGGCGCUCAAAAAGGCGGCUGAUCUCGGCGAGGGCGCCGACGUCGUGAUUGACGCCAGCGGCGCGGAGCCGUCCAUCCAGACGAGCAUCCACACGGUGCGCGUGGGCGGCACCUAUGUCCAGGGCGGCAUGGGCAAGGCCGACAUUACGUUCCCCAUCAUGGCCAUGUGCCUAAAGGAGGUCACGGCCAAGGGCUCCUUCCGAUACGGCCCUGGCGACUACGAGCUGGCGAUUGAGCUGGUGGCGAGCGGCAAGGUGGAUGUCAAGAAGCUGGUGUCCGAGGUUGUGGAAUUUGACCAGGCGGAGGAAGCGUUUAAAAAGGUCAAGGAGGGCCAAGUGAUCAAGGUUUUGAUUGGCGGGCCUAACCAGUAA